UUUUGUUAACGCAGUCUGCACUCACUCCUAAACCCUCGAUCAUUUUUUAUUCCACAUCACUGCGCUCUUCCUUUAUUCAUUUUCUCUUCUUCUUCAAAUUUUUGUUCAUUUCCCAAGAAUAAAUCAUGGAAAUCGAUUCCCGAUCCAAACCGUUUCUUGGCGUCCGUUUCGCUCUAUCUGGAUUCGACCCAAUCAAUGAGCAUCAGGUUCGGUCGAAGCUAGUACAUGGCGGUGGAGUUGAUGUUGGCCGGUACGGCCAAAACUGCACUCACGUGAUUGUGGAUAGGAUUAUUUAUGACGAUCCUAUCUGUGUUGCCGCUCGAAAUGAUGGGAAGACAAUCAUCACAUCAUUGUGGGUUGAUCAUAGUUAUGAUGUUGGAAUGACUGUUGACGCUAAUUCAGUUAUGUACCGACCACUAAAAGAUCUGAAUGGAAUUCCGGGUGCCAAAGAUUUAGUUGUAUGCUUGACUGGUUAUCAGCGACAAGAUCGAGAAGACAUAAUGACAAUGGUUGGCUUGAUGGGUGCAUUAUUUUCUAAACCACUGGUGGCAAGCAAAGUUACACAUCUCAUCUGCUACAAAUUUGAGGGAGAGAAGUAUGAGCUGGCAAAGAAAAUUAAAAAGAUAAAGCUUGUUAAUCACCGCUGGUUGGAAGAUUGUUUAAGGGAUUGGGAUCUUCUUCCUGAAGCUAACUAUGACAAGAGUGGCUAUGAAUUGGAGACGAUGGAAGCUGAAGCUAAAGAUUCUGAAGAAGAGACAGAAGGUGUCACAGCGAGACAAUUUGUGGGGAAAGACAUGAGUAAGAGUCCACAUACUUCGAAAGCAGUAAUAGCUAGUGCUUGCCAAUCGCCAAAAACAGCAAUGGAGCUGCCAAAAACGCUGCUAAAUUCAACAGCGAGUGGAUCUCAUCAAUUCCUGACUCAUGAUAGUGGUAAUGCUCCUGAGGUGCAUGCUUUGCAAGAAACUGAUGCUUUUAUUGAUCCUGUGCUUGAGAGGACUCCACAUUCUACAGGAGUGAAAAAUGACUUGGCAUCUACCUUUAGAAGAGCUGAAAUGCCUUCCUGUUCUGAGUCAAAAAAAAAUUCUAUAAGUUACUCAAGGAAAAACCUGUGGAAAUCCCCACUGUCAACGUCUGUAUCAAAUAUAUCUGGCAAUAUAAGUGGAUCUCCAGAAGCAAACUUAGGUGGAUUUGAAGUCAGUAAGGCUUUUGUAGCCAGUUCCUCCAAAAUUGAACAUGAAGAAGCCAGAACUGCCGCAGGCUAUGUUAAAAUUCCCCAGAGAGAGGAGGAAUCAUGUCAGGAGGCAGAGUCAAGUGGCUGCUUACCUGCAAAGACCAUUACAAAUAUGUCUAGUGCCAGUUCAAAAUCACAAAAGACUAGUCAUAAUGCAACAGAAUGCAACAGAAGUCCAAUGUCCAAUUAUAGGGCUAAAAUAUUGGAUCCAAAAUCUCCAGCAUGUCAGACACUUGAGAAUACUAAACAUUUUUCCCUUAAUAAUAAUUGUAGAGAUGAAGCUGCUAAUUUGAAUCUUGCUCUUAAUCCUCAUGAUGGUUCCUCUAUUGUUAACAAGAACUUACUGACAUGUGAUCUGGAUUCCUUUGAAACUAUGACCUUUGAGACCGGGCAAAAUGAAGAUGAUGAUAAGCCAUCUAAAACUUCUUUUGGAGGACUGAAAGGGUCCUUCUUGGCACACAAACUUGAAAUUGAAGCUCAGGCAGGGGAGCCACAGAACCAGCAGCAGAAAAUAGAGGCUUCAUCACCCAAGGAUAGGGAUUUCAAGAUGGAGAAAUCGCGUAUGCCUGUCGACUUGGAGUCACUUCAGGGAGGAAAUGAUAAGAUAAUUGCAGAGCCCGUUAGGAAGAAGAUGGUUGCCAAAAAGACAUUGGGUUCUCGACGUGCUGCUAAUCAAAAGGGUUCCAUUUACUUGAGUAAAACUGCCUCCCUAAAUGACCCUGCAGUUUGUUCAAAUGCAGGAGAGGAGAAAACCAACCAGGAGAAGUUGACUAUGGUCUUUGAGAAACCCCCUCCAACCAAAAGUGUCGAAGCUGUAAAAGAGCUGGAUACAAAUACUGUUACAGGGUGUGACGAUGCAACUAGUGAUAAGACUGAGCCCAUGGAGGAUGAGACUGAGGCUCCUGAUGAGAAAGAUGAGCAUGAAAAGCAACUAAAUAACGAGAAGUUUGAGGUGGUUGAAUUGAUACUAAAAGAAGAAAAUAUGACGAGAGUAGAAUCUGGCGAUAGACGUGCAGCAAAUAGUUCUAAUAUUAGUUCACAUGAGAUAAUGGCUGCAAAAGAAGAGACUAAUGAAUCUAAAUUGGGAAAAACAGUUUGCCCCAAUAAGUUUGACUUGGAUGAAUCAGCCUGCAAAGCUGAGGGUAUGAAGGGGAAAGUAAAUACAAGGAAGAAACGUCCAGCAGGUAAGGCCAAGCCAAAGAAUGUACCUGCUGAUGCAAAGGUUGUGAAAUCUAAGAAUGAUGUGGAUAAGGAAGAUACUAUGAAUGAAAAUAAAACAAAAGAGGAUUGUACUAAAAUGAAUAAAAGUUUGCUGCAUCCUGAAAUCAAAACUUGUGGUAGCUCUGUGUCUGUAAUUGAGAACUCUGUGGAAGUGGAGAAGGAAAACAGGCCAGUUGUUGAAAACCAAACUUCAAGUUCAUGUGUUCAGAAAUCAGAUCUUAAAUCUUUGAAGACACCAAAGCAGAUCCAUAAUAAUUUUGAGAGGGUUACAAUUGGUGCACCAGUGACUGAACCUGUAUGGUUUAUAUUGAGUGGACACAGACUGCAGAGAAAGGAGUUUCAACAAGUUAUAAGGCGUUUGAAAGGAAGAUGUUGCAGAGAUUCUCAUCAGUGGUCAUACCAGGCAACACACUUCAUAGCCCCUGAUCUUAGAAGAACAGAGAAGUUCUUUGCUGCUGCUGCAUCUGGGAGGUGGAUUCUUAAGAUGGAUUAUUUAAGUGCUUGUAAUCAGGCAGGGAAGUUCUUGCUGGAGGAGCCUUAUGAAUGGCACACAAAUGGUCUUAGUGAAGAUGGUGCUAUUAACUUAGAGGCUCCAAGGAAGUGGCGGCUCUUGAGGGAGAGAACAGGUCAUGGUGCCUUCUAUGGAAUGCGCAUUAUUGUAUAUGGAGAAUGCAUUGCGCCACCUCUGGAUACUCUGAAGCGUGUAGUGAAGGCUGGAGAUGGGAUCAUAUUAGCAACUGCUCCCCCUUAUACUCGCUUCCUUGAAUCUGGAGUAGACUUUGCAGUUGUCAGUCCUGGCAUGCCAUGUGUUGAUAUAUGGGUUCAAGAGUUCUUAAAACAUGAGGUACCCUGCAUUGUGGCUGAUUAUUUAGUGGAGUUUGUCUGCAAGCCUGGUUAUUCCCUUGAGCGACAUGUGCUAUACAAGACUCAUGCUUGGGCAGAGAAAUCUUUCGCUAAAUUGCUCAGCAAAGCAGAAGAAAUAGUUGCAGACUCAGGUCCACCAGAUAGUGGUGAGGACAAUGAUAUAAGUUGCCAAGUUUGUGGCUGUACUGAUAGAGGAGAAGUUAUGUUGAUCUGCGGUGACGAAAGUGGUUCUGUUGGUUGCGGGGUUGGUACCCACAUUCAUUGUUGUGACCCUCCACUUGAAAAUGUACCAGAGGAGGAUUGGUUUUGUCCCAAGUGUAGUAGCAGCAGGAUUAAUCCAUCUAAGAAAAGGAAAAAAGGGCCUUCAUCAAAGAGCAAAUGAUUUCAUUUCUGUCUUUGCAGAAGAGCGUAUGUUAUCAUGUACAUUUUCAGUUGUAAACAUGUAGAAUUCUGUCAUUAUAGGAUUUAUUGCCUACUUUCUGAAGCUGAUUUUUUGGUGUACCAUACUGGAAAAUAGUUCAUAAUUAUUUCUCGAUGCCACUUAUAUAAUAAUUUAUAUUUCCCGUA